AACAUAAAAUAUUAGCUUCGAAGGUUACCAAGCUCAAUUGACACUUGUCUGUCCUUGUCCUCUACCACUUAACAUUUAUUGAACCGCACAAAAACUUGCUAGAGAAAGCUUCUGGCUUCUCUUUGAGGUGGCUUAAUUUAUGGCUCGCCGGAGGGUAGUUGAAACAAGCGGAGAGGCUCAUCGCCGGCGGUCAAAAUCUCUGGCAGAUAAACCCAAGUGGCGCUUUUUCAAGAUAAUCCUUCCUAGAACCUUAACUGAAAAGAAGCUGAGGAUUCCGAUUAAGUUUGUGCGUAGAUUUCGAGAUGAACUUUCCGAUGUUGCUAACUUCAUUGUCCCAAAUGGCUGUAAUUGGGAAGUGGCGAUGAGAAAAGAGCAAAAUGACAUUUGGUUUGAUGAUGGUUGGCAUGACUUUGUCGAACAUUAUUUGAUUGGCAAUGGCUACUUUGUAAUCUUUGCAUAUAGAGGUUUCUCCAAUUUCAGUGUCUUCAUAUUUGAUACAACUGCUUGCGAAAUUGAAUAUACGGAGAAUGUUGGAAGCCCUGUCGAUGGUGAAAGUCUGCCGGUGCCAAAAUGUGAAGAUAUUGAAAUUAUUACCGUUGAAAACUCGGAAUUUAGGGAGGUGUCCCUAGAAAGUAAGGCGGCACUUGAAUUAGCUAGACAGUACAAACCAAAACAUCCUUGUUUCAUGGUUGUGUUGCAUGCGUAUAACUGCUAUAACAACGUACUGCAUGUGCCUUCAAAAUUUUCAAGAAGGUAUCUAAGUGCAACUCCUAAAUUGUUUAAAUUUGAUGUUUCUGAUGGAAGAGAGUGGAUCGUUGCCCUCCGAAAACAAUGUAGACGUUUCAGUUUCGGAACAGGACUGAAACCAUUUUUCAGGGACAAUAACUUGAAGGCCGGUGAUGUUUGUGUAUUAGAGAUGAUAAAGUGCAAAAAGGCUAUGAAGGUUACUGUUUAUGCAGUUCAAGAUAAUACAAAAAUUAUCGAGUCGGACUCUACAGAUUUAUCCCCAGAAUGUAAGACUGUGAUCCAUGCUGAUAGAAACUAUAAACCUAAAAAUCCGUGUUUCAAAGUUUUGUUGGGCGAAUAUUGCAAUCACGAUACGUUGCAUGUGCCAAGACACUUUUCGAAAAAGUAUAUUAGAGGAGCUCGCAGGUACGUUAAACUGGAAAUUUCUCAUGGACGAGUUGGGACAAUCUUCCUCAUUAAAGGUCACAGACGUGCAGCAUUUGGGAAGGGAUGGCAAGCAUUUUGCAGAGAACACAAUCUGAAGGCAGAAGAUGUCUGUGUUUUUGAGCUGAUGACAGAAAAAUGUGAUGCUGAAAGCUUCUAUUUCUCGUGCAGUUUGUUGAAGGCAUGAAAAGCUCUCAGCUUGUCUUUCUGUUGAUGAAUUGUAACUUUGUAAGGAAUGCAUAAGAAGUGAUUUUACAUGAUGAAGAAGACUGUCAGUGGCUUUUUGUUUAUCAAAUAUGUAUAUACUAUGUUUUACUCUCACCGAGUUUCUCUUUAAUUCCGGUUUGAACUCA